AUGGUUACUAGUGGAGUACCACAAGGUUCAGUACUCGGACCUCUUUUGUUUGUAAUCUUCAUUAAUGACUUAUGUAGAGGGAUUAUUAAAGACACUAAAUUAUAUGCAGACGAUACCAAAGUUAUUUCAAUCAAUCAUUGUUAUGAUAAUAAUAAAAUAUUACAAGAGGAUAUUAACAGGUUAGUUAAAUGGUCUGAAGAUUGGUUAAUUGCAUUUAAUGAAUCAAAAUGUAAAGUCAUGUAUAUUGGCAAAAAGAAUCCAAGAUAUGAAUAUAAAUUGAACAACUCUGUUUUAACAGAAACAAUGAUAGGAAAUGAUCUUGGGAUUUUCAUUUCAAUUAAUCUAGAGUGGAAAUAUCAUAUUAAUUCAGCUAUAGGUCCCCAUUUGGAAUAUGGAGCAACAGUUUGGAGUCCAUUUUGUAAAAAGGACAUUGACAAUCUUGAAAUUGUGCAACACAGGGCUACAAGAAUUGAAUAUUUAAGGGAAAAGUCGUAUGAAGAAAGAUUAAAGAUACUUGAAUUGCCAACUUUGUUUGAUAGAAGAAGAAGAGUUACUGUGACGGUAAACAAAGAUUACGCCAAAGACAUAUUAUUUCAAAUAUUAUUAUUUCAAAACCUUUUAUGGAAAGAAUAUGUUGUGGAAAAAAAAUGUUGUCCCAAGUAUAUAUGUUCAUCAUGUGUAACAAACCUUUAUGCUUUACACAGAGGAAAAACACAAAAAAUUGGGUUAUGGAUAGCUAAAAUAUCACAGAUUGAUCGACAAAAGUUAAAAAGAGCAUCAAAUAUUAAACAAAAGGCAGUAGAACUUGUUCCAGUCAAUGAUGGAAACACAGAAAAUCCUAUCAAACUUCAUAAAAUAUGUUUUCUGUGUUUUUCAGUUACUGGAAGAGGAUUAUCUCAUUUGUGCUGCAAAAGCCAAGCUGUUAAAAAUCUCAUUAGCCAUUCAGAAGCUCUUGGACAUGUAUGUAGUGAACAAAUAGCAUCAGGACUCCUCAAAAAUAAAAUGACGAGAGAAAAUAUUGAACGAGAUGAAAAUUUCCGCCUUAAGACUUUCGGUAAUACACUAAAUGUUGUUGUUGGAAUACCAGAUACAAAAUCUAAAAAAAUAUCACUUAAAAAGUUAUCCUUUGAUGUUAUAAUGGAACUCUCAAACACUUCGAGCUUGUCCAAAAGAAAAACAAAGAUUCUUUGCACUAACUUACGUGAAAACCUAGGUAAAAACAUGGUUGAUACCAAUAUCAUGCUUCAAAUGGAAGGAUUACAUGAUUCUUUGUCAGAGUUUAUGGUGUUGUUAAAGAAACAUCUAUAUCAGGAGAUGAAAAGUUAAUUCGUAGCCUAGUGUUUGUUAAAAAUACAUCAGAUCUUAUUCUUCACACAAUGAACGAGAGAGGCUUAGAUCCUUAUUCUAGUAUAGCAAGAAUUUCAGUUGAUUUAGGACAGGGAUUUCUGAAAUGUGUUUUGAAUGUUUUUGAUCCUUUUGUCAAGCAUUCAAGCUCAAAAAAGCUUGAUGAUGCUGGUGUAAAACGAUCAAUAAUUUUGUCUUUAGUAGAGGAUGUUUAUGAACAAUGGAAAACUUAAUUAUUUUUAUAGCUCCACUGCGGUUGGAAGAUGUUAAAUAUUCAGUUGCAUUUGAUCUUAAAUGCGGAAAUUCUUUAUUUGGUCUAUGUAGCCACAGUGGCAAAUUUGCAUGUCUUUGGUGCGAGGGUGAAUGCUUACUUGAAAGUGGUGUAAAAAGGACAUUUUGAUCCAUAGACAUCAACUACAAGAAGUUUGUUGCUGAUGGUUGCAGACAUAAGAAAAUGAAAGAGUUCAAAAACUGUGUUUCUCCAAGAAUUCUUUAUCUUGAUGAGGCUUCAGAAACAUUGGUUGAACAUAGCAUCCCACCUCCAUAGCUUCACCUAUUUAUUGGGAUUAUUUCAAUGUUUGUGAAGCUCUGUGGCCUGGAUUUGAGCAAUGGCUAAAAACUAAUUAUAUUAUGUUACGAGGCUACAAUGGGAUUGGGUUAGAUGGCAAUAAUGCACAAAGGUUUUUAGACAAUUUAGAUAAUCUAGAGAUUAACCUGAUGAGUGCAGCCUUAACAGAUCCAAAAAUAAGAUUGCUUCUUCCAGUUAUUUGUUGUAUCAGAAAAUUUUCUAUAGUAAAAAAUAACGGAUUUGGAAUGAAAGUAGGGGAGUUUUUCUCUGAAUCUGUUUUGGACUUCAAAGAUUCAUUUCAAAGAUUUCAAGAUCAACUGAAAGAUAGCUUUGAAUACCAAUUAAAUGUUAGCUGGAAAGGUCAUAUACUUGCUUGCCAUCUUUAUCUGUUUCUUCAAUAUAAUAAACAUGGUUUAGGUGUUUAUGCUAAACAAGCAGGGGAGAGUGCACACCACCACCACUACCAAGUAUGGAAGAGGUAUAAAGGACGUUCAGAACAUAAUGACUAUGGAACACAGCUAAAAAAAAGUGUUAUAGAAUUUGGAAAAAAUAAUUUAAAAUAAUACUUUAUUUUGUUGUAUA